UUCAUUACAGUUUUCAGCUGUGGUCUUCUCCAUGUGGCUUCAAGUCUCCACUGCAGCUUCUUAGCUACUUCCCAUUCUCUCUCCUUCUUCUUUCUCUUUCUAAAAAGCUCUCAUUUUCAAUUUCCUGCUGAAAAUUAGACUCGUGGACUAGUUGUGGUUCAUGUGAUCGGUGGUAUUUUGAUUCUUUGUCAGUUGAGAACUCACUUAGUCAGCAACUGAACCCAAUUCUUUGGUUUUUAAUUAUAGCUGAUUCCCUACAGAAUCAAGGAACGUGAUGUUAAAUUUGGCGUAAAGAUUAUAUUUUUGGGACAAGAGAUGGUUGCGGAAUCGUGGUUUCGCAGCCUUUGGAAGACCCCAAAAAAGCAUGAGGCUGCUGUGGAGAAAGCAGUUAUUGGAGUUUUGGCAUUUGAAGUAGCCAGUUUAAUGUCUAAGAUGAUCCAUUUAUGGCAGUCUCUGACUGAUAAGCAGGUUGCUAGGUUCAGAGAAGAGAUUACAAACUCAGUUGGUAUAAAGAAAUUAAUCUCAGACGAUGAUGAAUACAUUGUGAAAUUAAUAUGUAAAGAAAUGAUUGAUAAUGUUUUUCAUGUGGCAAAAGCUGUGGCUAGACUUGGAAAGAAGUGCAGUGAUCCCACUUUGAAGAAUUUUGAGCAAGCUUUCAAUGACUGGAUCAGAUAUGGUGUUGAUCUGAAUGGGUGGGCAUUUACGUGGAAGAAAAUGGAAAGGAAAGCUAAGAAGAUGGAAAAGUUUAUUUCACUUAAUGCAAAUUUGUAUCAAGAGAUGGAAGUGUAUGCAGAUCUUGAACAAACUUUAAGGAGAAUGAAGAGUAAUGAAGACUCAGAUGCUGCCAGUUUGCUGGAGUUUGGGAAGAAAGUUACCUGGAAGAAGCACGAGGUGAAACGUAUACAAGACGACUCUCUUUGGAACAAGACUUAUGACUACACAGUUCUUCUCUUGGCGCGAUUUAUGUUCACACUUUUCGGUAGGAUCAAGCAUGUCUUUGGGUCUCCACAGUUUGACAUUGGUGAAAUUGAAGAUUCUGGAGUUAUAAGUUCUGAUCAGAUUUAUCGUAGCCAAUCAGUCUCUGCAAUGUUGCAAUCUUCAGCUCAUCAAUCUGAGAGGGGCCUUCCUAGAUUUGCAUCAGGCCCCAUCGGGAACUUUACAGCUAAAUCAGGGCCAAUUUCUAAAACAAAUAAAACCAAUAAUUUCUAUUCUGGUCCUAUCAGUGUUGGUGCCUCAACUCCAAAUCCUGGUCCUGUUACUGACAAGAAACGAAACAUUUUUCAUUCGGGUCCUAUUGGGAGGUCAAUGACAAAAUCAGGUCCAAUUUCUGGGAUAAGUAAAAUGACCAAGAAGAUGUGGCAAACUCAUGACCAUUCACGAUCUACUAAUGGAAAGAAAUCUCACGCGAAAUCUAAUCGAUUAACUCAAGUGGGUCCUUUUAAAGGGUGUAUGAUGGCUGGAAACAGUUCUCCUGUCACCAAUUGUCAUUUAAGUUCAAAUGGAAUUCACUCAAGAGUCCUGAAUGGAGUCAAUGAUGCCAAUACCGACCUAAUUAUGCCCAGCAACAUAGAGCUUAAUCCAUUGAGUUCUAUUUCCAAUUGUAAGUUGUUGGCCGCACCACCCAAUACCCUUGGUGCUGCAGCCUUGGCUCUUCACUAUGCCAAUGCUGUUGUUGUAAUUGAGAAGUUAGCGGCUUCUCCUCACCUGAUUGGACUUGAUGCAAGAGAUGACCUGUACAAUAUGCUGCCUGUAAGUGUGAGAACUGCCCUUAGGGCAAAGCUAAAACCAUGCAGCAAGAGCUUGGCCUCAUCAAGCUAUGACCCAGUUCUUGCGGGAGAGUGGAACGAUGCGAUGACAUCAAUAUUAGAAUGGUUGGCGCCGCUAGCACAUAAUACCAUAAGAUGGCAGUCUGAGCGAAGCUUUGAGCAGCAGAACUUGGUUUCUAAAGCUAACGUGCUUCUGGUACAAACUCUUUACUUUGCGAAUCAGGAAAAAACUGAAGCAAUGAUUACCGAGCUUCUUGUUGGUCUAAAUUACAUCUGGAGAUUUGGUAGAGAACUCAAUGCUAAAGCUCUAUUAGAGUGUGCUAGCGGUAGAGUAUAUGAUGAGUAUUUGGAACUAGAUGCAUGAUACUGUUUUUUUCCCAUGGUAAUUACCAAAAGAAAUUUGGUCUCUGCUACCUUGCCGGUUCGUGAGGCUUCUCAAUCCUGCUUUUCAAUACUAAUGAUUGCUAAGGUGAAAGAGAAAACUACCGUACUCUGUUGAUAUUCAAGGGCAGUAUGCACUCAAGAUGACUUAAAGGUAUUGAUUCAGCUUCUAAUUCUUUUCUUUUGGUGAGGAGUCCUAGCCACCCAAAAAAAAAAAAUUGGGUCCCUUUUCUCUCCCUCAUAAAGCUUUGUCAUUUCUAGUUAAGCUUGUUCACCUUUAGAGGUGUAUUUUAUUAGCUAUACUCUUCUGUAAUAGCUGUAAAGUUUCCAUAUAAAGAUUCUUAUUCAUAGAUAGAAGAAGACCUUUUAGGGUCACGCAUGUUUCUUUCUGGAUAGCAGUCUCUGUAAGGUUGGUGCAUUACGUUAUGCCACAUUGUAACUGAAGUGUAUGUGUUAUUAUACAUAAGCAGAUUCAAGUUUUUGCCCUUAAGGGCCAACCCAA